CAGAGCGGCUGUGCUCUGGCCCUGGCCCUGGCUCCUUCGCCACCGUCGCCGGAGACGCGAAACCGAGAGCGCGGAGCGGGCUGGGCCAGAGCUUCAAGCGUGUGUCAUGGCCAGCUCCUCGGACAGUGAAGAUGACAGUUUCAUGGCCGUGGACCAAGAAGAGACUGCACUGGAAGGGACAAUGGAACAAGAUGAGGAUCCCCACCCAGUGUUGGAGGUGGAGGAGACCAGACAUAAUAGGUCCAUGUCCGAGCUGCCAGAAGAGGUUUUGGAGUAUAUUCUGUCCUUCCUGUCACCAUACCAGGAGCACAAAACUGCAGCUCUGGUCUGCAAACAGUGGUAUCGGCUUAUCAAAGGUGUAGCCCACCAGUGUUACCAUGGUUUCAUGAAGGCUGUCCAGGAAGGAAACAUUCAGUGGGAGAGCCGAACUUACCCUUAUCCUGGAACCCCCAUCACUCAGCGCUUCUCCCACAGUGCGUGCUAUUAUGAUGCCAAUCAGUCUAUGUACGUCUUUGGAGGCUGUACCCAGAGCAGCUGCAAUGCCGCCUUCAAUGACCUCUGGAGGCUAGACCUAAAUAGCAAAGAGUGGAUUCGACCGUUGGCCUCAGGGUCCUAUCCUUCCCCCAAAGCUGGGGCCACUCUGGUCGUGUACAAGGACUUGCUAGUGCUAUUUGGUGGCUGGACAAGGCCAAGUCCCUAUCCCUUACACCAGCCAGAGAGAUUCUUUGAUGAAAUUCACACGUACUCACCAUCUAAAAACUGGUGGAACUGCAUCGUCACCACACACGGCCCCCCGCCCAUGGCUGGCCAUUCCUCCUGUGUGAUAGGGGAUAAGAUGAUUGUCUUCGGUGGCUCCUUGGGAUCUCGGCAGAUGAGCAAUGAAGUCUGGGUCCUUGACCUGGAGCAGUGGGCGUGGUCCAAGCCGAACAUCUCUGGCCCCAGUCCUCACCCACGAGGUGGCCAGUCUCAGAUUGUGAUAGACGAGGCAACUAUCCUGAUCCUCGGCGGGUGUGGCGGCCCCAAUGCUCUGUUCAAGGAUGCCUGGCUGCUGCACAUGCACCCAGGUCCCUGGGCCUGGCAGCCACUCAAGGUGGAAAACGAAGACCACGGUGCCCCAGAACUGUGGUGUCACCCAGCCUGCCGGGUGGGGCAGUGUGUGGUGGUCUUCAGCCAGGCUCCGAGUGGGAGAGCGCCCCUCAGCCCCAGUCUGAACUCUCGCCCGUCACCUAUCAGUGCCACUCCUCCAGCCCUGGUUCCCGAGACCCGAGAGUACCGCUCCCAGUCCCCAGUGAGGAGUAUGGACGAAGCUCCUUGUGUGAAUGGCCGCUGGGGAACACUGAGGCCCAGGGCUCAGAGGCAGACUCCCUCAGGUUCCCGGGAAGGGAGCCUCUCCCCAGCCAGAGGAGACGGCUCUCCCGUCCUCAACGGCGGAAAUUUGUCUCCAGGGACAGCAGCUGUUGGGGCUUCCUUAGACAGCCCUGUACAGGUGGUGUCUCCAAGCACUCCGUCUGCCUCUGACGGGUACGACCUAAAAGUAGGGCUUUCUCUAGCUCCCCGACGAGGGUCUUUACCAGAUCAGAAGGACCUGAGGUUAAGUUCCAUUGAUCUGAAUUGGGACCUCAAGUCUGCUGCCAACAGCAGUCAUGUGGACAGCACAGACAACAGGACAGUUGCGGGGAGUGUGAGACACCCUUCAGAACAGACCAAUGGUGUUCACACACCCCCGCAUGUGGCCAGUGCCCUUGCAGGGGCCGUGUCUCCCGGUGCCCUGCGUCGGAGUUUGGAAGCCAUCAAAGCGAUGUCAUCCAAAGGCCCCUCAGCCUCGGCAGCGCUAAGUCCUCCUCUUGGGUCUUCUCCAAGCUCCCCUGGGAGUCAGAGUCUGAGCAGUGGAGAGACAGUGCCCAUCCCCCGCCCAGGGCCAGCCCAAGGAGAUGGUCAUUCCUUACCCCCCAUUGCUCGACGCCUGGGCCACCACCCUCCACAGUCCCUGAAUGUUGGCAAACCCUUGUACCAGAGCAUGAACUGCAAACCCAUGCAGAUGUAUGUGCUGGACAUCAAAGACACCAAGGAGAAGGGCCGCGUCAAGUGGAAGGUCUUCACUAGCAGUUCUGUGGUUGGGCCUCCCGAGACCAGCCUGCACACGGUGGUGCAGGGCCGGGGAGAGCUCAUCAUAUUCGGAGGCCUCAUGGACAAGAAGCAGAAUGUGAAGUACUAUCCAAAAACAAACGCCUUGUACUUUGUGCGAGCGAAGAGAUAAUGUGUUCAAUACCCUUCCCUUUCUGUGUCUUUUAAUGUGGAACUUUCCAGUGUGCAAACAUUUGGACUGAGACUGGGGAAAACAACAUGACUCCCACACACCAAAACUCCAAUUCCAUGCCUAACUUGCUCCAGGCUGGGAUUAAAUCCCCACUAAGGAAAAGAUUAUAUAUAUACAGAUAUAUUAUAUAGCCAACUGUUUACAAUAAAGGCGAGAUCUUCGUCCCGGUUCAGAUCAGCUGUUGUGGUCUUAGUGGAGGCUGUGCUGGCCUUUUCUCCUCUGCUGAUAACUAGACCCAAAAGUAAGGGGACAGACAGCAGUAACUUCCCACAGGAAGCUGAAAAGCCCCUGUGAUCUUUCUGUGGCCUUCUCAGAGUCAGAAAUGAUGGCCUAGACGGGACACUAAGGAAGAGGCUUCAGAUGCUGUGCUGUAGGCUCAGAGUCACAGAAGAUAGCUCUUCCCAGCCUCCUGUCAAACCACGGAAGACCCAUGAUGAAGCCCCCUGUGCCUGGUCCCUGCUGCCCUCUGUGAUCCAGAGAAGUCACCCAAGAAGAAACCCUGCUUCCCACGUGCUGGAGUCAUGCUGAGACAAUGUUGCUAGAGCCGCCAUCUGUCCGCCCAUCUCCCUCCUUCCUGUGUGUUGGUCUUUUUGGGUUCUCCCUACAUGUCUUAGCAAACAUUCAAUGUCUGAUUAGGGGAUUUUCUGACAAUCGUGUUUGGUUGCAAGUUGCCAAAAAACAUACUUGUUUUCCUUUUAGAGCUGGGUCCUCGGAGGCCUGCUCCCUGUCCUUCGGUGGCUUGGUUUGGGAUGUUUUAGUCUACCUUUUGUUCUAUUUAGUUCAUUUGUUUAAAGCACCAGAACUUUCUCCCUUCUUCCUCUCUGACAAAGCUCCAGUGUCUACAGAAUUUCGGACAUUUGGAGCCUUCCUGGGGUCCUCAUGGCCAGUCAGGACCUGCCGCAGUGUGCUGGUAUACACCCGUGACCCUAGCACUCAGGGCAGGGGCAGGAUGGCUCCCAGUUUGGGGUUAGCCUGGAUUAUAUACUGAGACACUGUCUCAACAAAACAAAGUAAAAUUAAGAUGCCAGUAUCAUUUUAAAAUAAAUCGGUAAAGCAUCAAAAGACACCUUUUAUUUUUUUCUAAGGCAGUAUCUCACUAUGUACCUCGCAGAGAUCCUCCUGCCUCCGCCUCUUCCUGUUGCCUGUGACUCAACCCUCUGUGCUGUGCUGUGACAAGUGACUGGUGUGACUAUCAUGUCCUUGACGUUAGAGACACACACUGAUCUGGGGCAGCUCUAUCCUUUCUCCCUCCUUCCUGGUGUCUUGUUCUUCUGUCCCCAAACAGAGCCUCGGUGUGUGCUCUCACGCUGUCUCCUAGACAUCAGUACAGCCAACCAGGAGAGUGGUUUGUUUGUUGGUUUGUUGGUUUUGUCCAUAGAGAAAGCUAUAAAUUGCUGGUCUCUAAGCCACAGCCUAGAGAUAGGAGAAAUCAAAAUAAGAUUAUUUCAAAUGACCAUGCAACUAUGUUUUGGUGGUUUCUCAUCGGUGGGUAAAGGAUUUUUAUUUUGCCUUUAAAACUGAAAUUGAAACAACACAACAACAACAACAUCAACAGCGUGUUUCCAGGGCACUCUACCUUCCCCGUCAGCAUCUCCCAGGCAGGCCCAAGGCUGCUGUAGCUUGCUGUGGUCCCUGACCAGCCCUACCUAUCCAACAAGUGUGUCUCCUGCUUCAUACGCAGUCUUCUAGCCGUUAGCUUUGCUCUGGUGAUCUUGGCAGGGACACCUCCUGCUUUGAGACCUGGGGACAGGCCAGCACUAGAGGAGGUGUAUGUGCUCUGGGACCCCCACCCCGUGCAUACUUCCUGUGUGCCCCGCCACUCCAGCUCCCUGCUCUGUUGCUGCUGCCAGUCCUUUGGCCGAGUGAGACUGAUCCUGUGGGGCCUAGACUUGAGGUGAGGCCAGCAGAUAAGCAGCCUAGCACUGCUGAGCCCUCUCUGUGGCAUUUGCGUGUGCACGGUGCCUCUGGACUUGGUUUCUACGGUAAACCUCAAGCAUUCAGACUCCUGAAAGUUCAGAAUCUCUACUUCGUAGUCUUUCUCUUCCCUGUGGCCUUCCUAAGCUGGCUGUCAUCUGUUGGGUUGUCGACUUUUCCCAAGUAGGCAGGCAAUGGAAAUAUUAACCCCUUAGCAAGCUAUGGGUUCCUCUGCACUCUGGGGUCCCGGGGCUCUCCGCACAGCUGAGGGCCAGGUAGGCGUCUGCAGUCCCUCCAGAGAAAACAGUGAGCCUUGCCUGCACCUGGCCAUGCAGGACUUGGCUGUCCCCGAGCGAGCAAGCGUUGUAGAUGUUGCCAUGGGAAGUGACUCUGCAGUGGUCUCCUCAGCCUCAUGAGUCUGUGGGUGUCCUCCGCGGAGCUCAGCGGCCACACAGCACCGCCAGCACAGAUUUAACCACAACCCCUUUUUUGACACGAUACCAAUUUUGUCUUAAAAUUCACCAAGAGACAUGAGACAAAAUAUUUUGUUUGAACCCUCAGGAGCACCUAAAGAAAAUAUUUAUCAGUAUUUAAGUAUUUAAAAUACAUCUUGUUUCUACUUGAAGCUUUAACCCUUUCCAUUCCUGCAAGUGUGCCUUUGAGAGCCCUCGGUCAUAUUAACUUAAGUCAUUUGGUUGGCCUCGUGUGAGAGUUCUGGGCGCUGCUCUGCUCCUGCACAGAGCUUGCUGGUCGUGCAUGCCCCAUAGCGUGCAGCAGAGAGCAUCUGUUUCCACUGCUGUUUCUGCCUUUCUUCCUUACUUGGGAUGAGGGCUCUACAACCCCACCUUUCCCCAUAGUUUGGGAGCACCAAUAAGGUAUAGAAACAAACUUGAGUUCUGUUGAAGGUAACGCUAACGCUGGCCUUGCUCUCCCAACCUUCUGACUUUAAUGUGUGAGCUCUGGCAAGAACUGACGCCAUGAACUGUGGAGGAACAGUCGGUCGUGGAGCUCCCCUGACUAAAGAGAGAGAAGGCAGGACUGCAGGAGGCUCAGCUUGGACAGACGGAGGCCAUGGCAGUGGGACGGGGUCCUCCCUUCACUUUGUCUUUAUAAGUUCCUCUGCCUUGCUUCUUCCCUUCCCCUUCAGUCUGUCAGUUUGUCUGUGUCCUCAUGGUGACUCUGGCAUUGUGAAGUGCUCUAUUUGCAUUCUCUGUGGUCUCACCAGCACGGCAAAGAAGUCCAGGGUAGGGAAGCCUGGCCUGGGGACUGCAGUAAGGAAGCUCUGUCACCUGCAGGUGGCCUCUCACCGCCCCCAUCCUUGGGAAUGAAAGCGAACCUCUGGCUUCACUCUGCUCCCUCUGCCCCUCCUACCAACCAGGGCUCGCCCACCGUGUCCUGACAAAGCUGGUGCUGUGAGUGAUGUUUCCCAUACAACUCAGGGGUGCCAGGCGGCUCGCCCCAACAGUCAUUUUCGGCACAUCACGGUGUAGGAAUGAAAAUGGAUUCCAUGGAUAUUUAAAUCUGUCAAUUUCAUUUUUGUUAAUGUUUUCCCCAAUGACUUUUUAGCAGUUUAACAAAUAAAACAACAGACUGAA